AUGGCUCCCUUUAACAAGAAGUUCUUUGUUAUAGUAUCUUUCCUUUCUCUCCUAGCCUAUUCUAGCAAUGCACAACUUUCUGCCACCUUCUAUGACACAACAUGCCCCAGCCUUCAAACCAUUGUGCGCAAUGCAAUGAGGCAAGCUAUUAAUAGAGAAGCCAGGCUUGGUGCCUCUAUACUUCGCUUGUUCUUCCAUGAUUGCUUUGUAAAUGGCUGCGAUGGAUCAAUCUUAUUGGACGACACUGCCACCUUCACCGGAGAGAAAAAUGCAGCUCCUAACAAAAAUUCAGCCAGGGGCUUCGAAGUUAUUGAUACCAUUAAAACCAACGUUGAAGCUGCUUGCAAUGGCACCGUGUCCUGUGCAGAUAUCCUAGCACUUGCUACCAGAGAUGGAGUAGCUCUGCUAGGAGGACCCUCAUGGACAGUACCACUUGGAAGAAGAGAUGCAAGAACAGCUAGCCAGAGUGCAGCCAACAACCAAAUCCCUUCACCAUUCUCUGACCUCACCACCCUAACAUCCAUGUUUGCAAACAAAGGAUUAAGUGCACGUGACUUGACCGUGCUCUCAGGUGGCCACACCAUAGGCCAAGCUCAGUGCCAAUUUUUCAGGACUCGGAUAUACAAUGAAACCAACAUUGAUGCCAACUUUGCCACCACAAGAAGGGCUAAUUGCCCCUCCACUGGUGGGGACACCAACUUGGCCCCACUUGAUACCCUCACCCCCACUCGUUUUGACAACAAUUAUUACACUGACCUUGUGGCUAGCCGUGGCCUUCUCCAUUCAGACCAAGUUCUUUUCAAUGGUGGGUCUCAAGAUGCUUUGGUUAGGACUUAUAGUAACAAUAAUGCUGCUUUUCUUAGAGACUUUGCUGCUGCUAUGGUGAAGAUGGGCAGUAUUAGUCCUCUCACUGGGACUAAUGGAGAGAUAAGGAGGAAAUGCAGGGUUAUGAAUUGA